AUGCUCGGCUGGGUGCUCAGGAAAGGCCUGGAGGGCGCGUCUGGAGACACCAGAGCUGUCGCGACGGAUGACACGACUUUUGCCGAACAGCCAGACACGCCAGCACCAGUCUUCGCUGCUCGAGCCCUGAAGAGCGCCAUCUUCGGAACACCAGCGCGCGUCGAGGACAACGCGCCCAACUUUGCACAACUAGCCAAGCAGACGACCGAAUCGAGAAUGGACGACGAAGAUUCAAGGACCCCUUUGAAGCCGCAAGGAAUCCUAUUGACACCUGGCACCGGCACGUCUCGUCGCAAGCGCGUGUCAUUUGACCACAACACUGUAGACCGUGUUGACCCGACACGUGGAAAGAGCCGAUCGCGCGACAACAACCAUGGGAAAUUCCCUAGCUCAUUCACCCCGCAAGACGAGGGCUCGGCAUCAAAGCGCACCCGGUUAACGGAGACGAUGGAGAAGUCACGCCGCUCGAACUCCGCCUCCGGUUCCUCGCCAGCUAGGAGGAAUGCCAACGGCCACAGCUCAGAGGAGGAGUGGGAGGAGGCUGACGACGACGAUAACUGCAUGCACGACAUCACAGUCGACCUCAAUGAGCCCUUUUCGAGGUCAGGCAAGUACUGGAAGUCGGAAUUCGAACAGUACCACCACGACGCGCGGGCCGAGAUGGAGAAACUGCUGAAGUAUAAGCAACUCGCAAAAUCCUACGCCAAGAUGAAGGACGCAGAGGCCGUUGAUCUCAACGAGAAGCUCAAAGAAGAGCAGGAGAAGAUUGUGAAGAUGGAGGAAAAGAUCACGGAAAUGGCCGCGCAAAUGGCCACGCGACGACUCGACGGCGAUGAAGGCGAGAUCCCUCAGCUGAUGAAGGACCUGGCACGACAGACGGCCCUUGCUGUUCAGUACAGGGAUCAGCUGAAGCAGGUUGAAUCCUUGAUGACUGAUAAGCCGGAAGACGACGACGCGGACACACACAGCAGACGCCGCAGGCAAGCAGCGUCACCACGAACACAGAAGACGCUCUUGGAAACGCAGCGCGAGUUGAGGAGGGCCCGGACGCAGGUCAAAGAGAACGGCGACCUUCGCGCGCAGGUCAAGCAACUCAAGGCUGAGCUCCGUGCGGCCGAGCAACACGCCUCUGCCUCAACGAAAAACGAUGCACGGGUAGCGACCAGCUCAUCUCAUGAAGCUGAUGCUGAACUGACACAGGCGCGGGAGGAAAUCCGCCGCAAGGAUGAAGAGAUGCGUCGCUUAAAAGAGGAGUACGAAUCCUUCCGAAUCGAGACCACAGCGCGCCAGGAGGAGACGAAACGGGUUCUACAGACUGCAACGGACAAGAUCUCUGAUCUGAAGAGGGAGAUUAGGAUGCUGAAGCACGGGGCAUCGCUCACAACUGCCGAGGUGAAGCCCGCCACGCGUGUGGCGAGUGAUCCCGUCCGUCCGUCACAAACGAAACCUGCCCUCACACAAGUCGACAAAGAAGAUGUUGUAGUUGAGGCAAGGAAAGGAAGCUUUGAUUUGGUACAGUCCCUGAGCAAAAAGCUGAACGAAAGGCCAUUGCAUGGCCUAGGAGGCCGACUCAAGGAACAAGACGAUGGAGUGUCCAAGGCAACAGGAGAAGAGCCGUCGAAGCCUACUUUCAACAUUCUGGAAGACAGAGUCGAACUCGAAAGGCCACGCUGGAAACCAUUUAUCCCUCGAUCCCCUCGUAACAGAGAGCGCCUUGGCACCGACAUUAACCAGCAGAUUCAGAUCUCGAGCGCCAUUCCCUCGGGCGCAACGCCUGCUCCACGACAUCGAUUCUUGGAUAGAGACCACGGCGAUAUCGAUCUACUGCAAAACCGGUUCGCCCGUCUCGGCGUGCCAGAUGCCGAGGCCAGCACGAUGCUAGGAGCCAACAUGUCAAGGAGCGCUAUUCCGCCUGAAAGGCGGGCAGCCGCCAUCGCUCGAAUCGAGCAGCGGAAAGCUGAAAAACGGCGGGCAGUAAACAACAUUCUCAACAAGGAGAAUGUCAAGCCUUGA